CUUUGAUACAGUUGAAUGCUUACCUGGAAUAUAAGCGGAGGCGUAAAUACCCAAGGUAUCUGCCAGCAGAUGUUACUAGAUAUUACCUAGGUAGGGAUGAAAAGAAUAGGAGUGUAUGCCAGUGGCUCUGGAGUUCUCAAUAGAAUGAGCGGCUUGAUGCCAUGCAAAGGGUGCUCGAAGAUACACAAACCUCGAAGAUCAUGCCUGGCGAUCUCGAACUGUUGCUUCCCUCAAUGCGCGAAGACCUAGCCGACUUUUCAAGAGUGUGUCGAGAUCGAAGGGAAAUGGAAGACCGGCACCGCAGGGAGAUCAAAGCGGUACAGGAAGAAAGCCGGGAAAAGGACGAUCAGCACCGCAGGGAGAUCAAUGAAUUGAAGGGCGAAAACAAGCGUCUUCAAGAAGAAAACUCACAACAAGCAAAUGCCAAUCUCAGUCGGAGUGAGUUCUUGGAAAUGAUGCGCCAGUUCCGAGAUUCGGACGCCCAGAUCUCUGCGCCAGCGCGGCGAGAUGCUUCUGGAGCGAUUGUACAGCGCCCGGCAUCCGAUGCCGCGAGCGAGAUUACGACCGCGUCGGCGGCAGCGGUGGAUACACCAAUGCCAGACGUCGGAUCGAACCCAGUCAACGACGUGUACCGUCGAGUUGUCGCCGAGUUCGAGUUCCCCGCCAACUUCGUCGUAGCGACCUUCGAGGCGCAGAUGAAACCCUUCAUCCACUGGAAGGGGGCCGACGAAGCGACGAUUUGGCAGGCGGUCGACAAGGCCGCCAUGGGGCCGGUGCCUACUUUCGGAGACCCCGAGUCACCCGACAGGCCUUGCUUCUUUGCCCAUCUGAACCAGAAGGGGGCGUCCUUUGACAAGACAAAGGCGCAACGACACACGCACCGGAGCUGCAACUACUGCUCCGGGAAGGCCGACAGGGUCUGCGGUGGCGUUUACUUUGCCCUCGGGGUGGCGCGACCAUUCGAUCGGGACAAUAAGCGAAAGCUUAUUCCGUCAACCUACGACCCUGAGAGGUUGCCGAAAGUGGACGCCGCCGGCAAACGCUGGGUCUGGCGAAACCACGAGUAGAUGGCCUCUCGUGGGAGAACACCGGCGCUGCUUGCAGUUGCUGAGAAUAAACGCCCUCUUCUAAAGAGUUGUGCGAGAAGACACCCUCCUGAUGGAGUGAGAAGACAUGAGACCAAGGUACUCUCCUCAUAUAACAGGUUCGCAAUGAAUCCAAAGGAUACCCAGCAAGAGCAAUCGCGUCGACUGAAGCGCAGACUAGCGAGCCUGGAACUAAGACGGCCGCCUGUGCAGUGGGAGACGAAGCGGUUCUAGCCCACCCCCCUAUGCCCGUGACAGCUUCAAGCAACUUGUAACUGCGGCGACUGGGGCGCAGAUCAGUCAACCUCAGGCUGGAAAUAUAACCGCCGCGCAAUUCGACUUCAAAGCCCUGAGGGUAAGCGGUUGCAGCUCUCCCUUGUGGCUGUGGCAGCUUCAAGCACCUAGAACUGCGGCAGCACCGCGCAGUUCGACUCCGAAAGCCUGAAAGACAAGCAAUUCCAGCUCUCCCUUGUGCCCAUGACAGCUUCAAGCACCUUACAACUGCGGCGACCACCGCGCAGUUCGACGUCGAAAGCCUGAGACUCCAGCGGUUUCAGAUCUUGUGCCUAUGAAGCACCUCCUCGCCAGCAAACAGUGAAGAUAAGGGAAAACAGACUCAUACAGCGGACGGUGAGCAUAGGCAAUGAAUUAUCACCCAAUUCAUUGAAGCCGGCGGCAACUGUGAGGACAUUAUCCCGUUCCUCAGCUGCACCUCCAGUUCUCUGCUCUACUAUUGGAAACCAUGCUGCGAAGGCCAUGAAGAUAGGUUGCGGCAUCACGAUCCGGUAUGGCAUCUGAAUUUGAUCACUUCGUUGCGGCGCAUCGAUUGAGCCUUCCUGCGACAAUUCAACUGCGCGCCAUAAUAUUGCGACCACUGCGCCCUCGUUCAGCGUCACUUGGCUUGAGUGCCUUGAGCCGUCGAGCGAAUCCUCUGCUCCUUUCUAGUGAGCGCAUCCAAAUGUUGAUACAUACGGUCGCUUAGCCGCCGAAGGUCACACGCCAUUCAAGUUCUUUUUCUCCAAUCUGUGCCUUGGACAUUAUGGCUGAUACAUUGUGGCUGAUCUGCCUCGACCUUGCCUGUCGAUCUCUGCGCCGCACGUUCAGAUGUUACAGUAACAGUAACAGCGACCUCACGCUCCACGGCGCCAGCUUGCGGACCUACGAUCUCACACUUGUUGACAAAUUGGGGCUACUUGAGCCUGGUCUCCGUCUUUACUUGCGCCAGCUCCCUCUUAAUUGCUCGGCUUGAUCAGCGGCCUCCUUUCGAUCCUCUUUCCUGAUGCGCCCUGCGAUGCUCCUCAUGAUGCGCCUGUCGAUGCGCCUUUCGAUCCUCCUGUCUAAUCCUCCUCCGUACUGCGCCUUUCGAUCCUCCUCUCUGAUGCGCCUUUCGAUGCGCGCUCUUCGAUCCUCUCGAUGUUCCUAUACCACAAGAUACAAGGGAAACAAGCACUACAAGGAGAUUGGAAUUCUACAUACAAACCUCAGGCUUCCUUGCACAAACAAGAGCGUGGACAAGGCUCGCUGAGGUUGCCUUAGGUGCUACAAGUCAUGUUAAGCAGGUAACGUGGCCUGGUCUUCGCAGCAUACAGAUUGGCCAAGAACUUAUGGAAUUGCCGGCUCCUGAACGGUCCAUGGAAACAUGGGAUACCAUGCUGAAGACGGAACAUAAGCGCAACCUCGGGAGUACACUGAUGCUUAACAUCGGACCCGAACGGGAAUCUCAUGCCUGAGCGGAUACCUGCGUUCUACGAGAGAGGGGGACAGUGGGUUGAGAUUAAAACUUGCAUCCGCGAGGAAGAAGAGGAGGUCUAAUGCGAAACUCUCAGCAUGUUGUCGAUCAACCUGGCUCUCAAGACAUGAUUGUGGUACUCUUCAGGUCUUUUCCGAAGUCCUUUUCACCUCAACGCCUGUCCUGGAACAUCAUAUCUCGCGGUUGUGGGCAGCUCAGCAUCAUGGAGUGCCUCGUUCGCAUCAGUGCUGGCUUGGGAAUAUGAAUCCGUGUCCACUCCCGCCUCCGCCUUUGGUAUUUCCGGCACAUAUGGACAGUGUCUCCUCAGUCCUGGUCCGCACCAGGAUCCCAACCAUCCUCUCCAUCGCAGCCAGUGCUGCCAGUGCUGCCGCUAAUUCGGUGUGGUGGUUUGUAUGUGGGAGACAUUGAAGGUUCGUCAGAACUUGGCCAGCUGGGACGGGUCUGGAAGCCGGGGUUGCGCAAGGCUUCUAUGAGUGACAAGGAUGGAGACUCUGCCUGUGAGAGUUGAUCCUGCUAAGCGGAUUCUGUAUCUAAGAGCCUGUCUGCAUCCUCGUUCAUCAUGGCCAUCGGCGUCCCGAGUGUUCCUCAGAACUUCUGAGGCUAUUUCCCUUCGCCACAUCUCAAUGUCCUUCCUGAGCAACAUAAACACGAUCCCAAACCUUCUUGUUGUUGUGGAUCGCAUUUCUUGUCCUGUCAAACAGGUUUCAUCCUCCUUCGGUGCAAGAGGAGUGUUAUGUCCCGUCCAAACUCGUCCUCUGUCAGUUGUCUCCAGUGAUGCUAUGCUUGCUGUUUCUAGCCCUUGAUUUCGGGGCCGGUUCCAUUCGCUUCGGACUAGAGGCACUGUUUUGAGUGCCUGGCCUGUGUGCGCAGAAAAGGCAGCC